ACCUAUUUUCGUGGUUUCCUAUUUUCGUGGUUACCUAUUUUCGUGGUUUCCUAUUUUCGUGGAUACCUAUUUUCGUGGUUACCUAUUUUCGUGGAUACCUAUUUUCGUGGAUACCUAUUUUCGUGGAUACCUAUUUUCGUGGAUACCUAUUUUCGUGGUUUCCUAUUUUCGUGGUUUCCUAUUUUCGUGGAUACCUAUUUUCGUGGUUACCUAUUUUCGUGGAUACCUAUUUUCGUGGUUACCUAUUUUCGUGGAUACCUAUUUUCGUGGUUUCCUAUUUUCGUGGUUACCUAUUUUCGUGGAUACCUAUUUUCGUGGAUACCUAUUUUCGUGAUUACCUAUUUUCGUGGAUACCUAUUUUCGUGGUUUCCUAUUUUCGUGGUUUUCGUGGUUUCCUAUUUUCGUGGAUACCUAUUUUCGUGGUUUCCUAUUUUCGUGGAUACCUAUUUUCGUGGUUACCUAUUUUCGUGGUUUCCUAUUUUCGUGGUUUCCUAUUUUCGUGGUUUCCUAUUUUCGUGGAUACCUAUUUUCGUGGAUACCUAUUUUCGUGGUUUCCUAUUUUCGUGGAUA